GGACAGCUGAUCUGGAAGGAAGCGGGAGGAGUCUCCGCUGUCCUGGGGUUCAGACAGAAACGGAGAGGGCUUGUCCCUUCCAAAGUUCAUGCAGAUUUGCUCAACGAUUGCCAAAGGCUGUUCAAAAAUGGCUUCUUACGGCUACUACAGGCUCAGCAUCUUCACAGCCAUGUUUGUGGGAUACACGCUGUAUUACUUCAAUAGAAAAACCUUCUCGUUUGUGAUGCCCUCUGUUAUGGAAGAAGUGACCUUGGAGAAAGAUGAUUUGGGUCUGAUAACCAGUAGCCAGUCACUAGCCUACGCUAUCAGUAAAUUCAUCAGUGGUGUUCUAUCUGAUCAGAUCAGUGCUCGCUUGCUUUUCUGCUCUGGACUGUUCCUGGUCGGGCUGAUAAACGUGUUCUUCUCAUGGAGUUCCACAGUCACUGCUUUUGCUGUGCUCUGGUUCUUUAAUGGUUUGGCACAAGGCUUUGGAUGGCCUCCUUGUGGUAAAAUACUGCGUAAGUGGUUUGAGCCAUCACAGUUUGGAACAUGGUGGGCUGUUUUGUCGACCAGCAUGAAUUUGGCAGGCAGCCUUGGCCCUCUCAUCGCCACAACGAUGGCCCUUAGCUACAGUUGGCGUGUAACCCUCUCGCUUUCUGGUUCCAUUGCUGUUGUGUCGGCAUUCAUUUGUCUGAUCUUCAUCAUUAAUGAGCCCAUGGAUGUCGGACUACCUAACAUCGAGCCAAGCCUAAAGAAAGGAAGCAAGAAAGGUACUAUACUGCCCCAGUCAAUUGUUAGAUUGUCUGUGGGGGGGUUCCUGGCUGGCUUCCCAUUCAGUUCGAUUGCCAAGGUUUACAGCUGGGACAUGGCGUUCUGGAUCGCGGAGGUCACCUGCGCUGUCACCACGGUGGCCUUUUUCCUGCUGAGAAACAUCCGGACCAAGAUGGGCCGCCUUCCCAAAAAAAUUGACUGAAAUUCAGCCACACUCACCCAAUAGAGAGCCUGCUGCUUGUCAUCAUAUUGCUAAAGGCCUACGAGGGAGUGGUUCUGAUGUCCCCACUACUGCGAGUCCAUUUUCAGCAAAUCCCAUCACUAAAUUUCCCUUUUCCACAUCUACAUCUCCGACCCCUUCGCCCUCUUUGCUGUGCGAGGUUCAGCUAUUUAUCCAAGAUAUUCAAAGUGUAUCCGGGCUGCGGGUCAGAAAUGACCUGGAAAAUUUCAUUCUUCUUUGUGUUAAAAGAUGACAGUGUUUCUCCUUCUUCCAGUUCAGUGGUUUGGUUGGUCAUGUUAAGGUUGGCCUGGACUUUAUUGCAGUCGCUACUAGCGUGCACACUACCACCGGCUGUAACAGGAGCUAGGAAGCAUUGAGAGUGGGAGAGGCAGCAACAUAACAGCAAAGGGUGAAUGGGAGGAUGCAGUUGUCAAGGUGGAUUUCCGUAGGACCCCAUCACCAACAUCACUUAAACUGCUUGCUGUCUUCCAUUGUCUUGGAAGACGAGUUAUCACAUCUAAUGAUGCAUGAGGAGCGUAGACUUUUGUUUGCCUUCAAUAGCUUGCUUUUCCUGCCAGAGGCUGUAGCUUGGGGGUGACCGUACCUCAAAAGCCUGACUGUGUUGGAGCAUCUCCUCCUUUUACUGCCUGCUGUAGGUAUUUUAGAGAGAUUUUUAGAUUAAGUCUCAGAAGGGGAAGAAAUAGCAAGCCUUGGAAAUGUCACCUUGUGUAACUAAUGGAAUGCAAGAAUGACCAAUGCAUUCACUCUUCCUCUUAAUCAAAUUUUUCCCUUCUUAAUCAACCUGUUUUGCAGCAUUCCCUGUGGUUCUCAAGCCCUGGGGUAAGAACUGAACCCCAGGCUUCUGGUUCAGAGACAGGGAUGCUACCACUACACUACAAGACCUCCUCUCUGUAAUCCUGCUAUUGUUUUAAAAUACGUCUUCUACUGACUCUAGUGGACUCUAAUCUGUACCCCACAGUGGAAAACCCAGCAGCCAUGGAGUUUGUAGAUCAUGCGUAAGAAUUACCUUGUUACCUAACUACAUUACAGCCAAUGAAGUAUAAUUGCUGUUGUAACGUAGGACCAGGUGAUCAUAUCCACAAGGGUCAAAGAUCAACAACACAACUAACAAUAGAACCUCGUACUGAUGUGCUUCAUUCAAUAUGUCCCAGUUAAGAUUUGAUGAUUGGUCCUGAAAAUGGUAACUCUCAAUGCAGGAGAUAAAUGUUGUAACUUGUAGAUCACAUGAUGUAAUCUUCAGGAUUGUCUCCAUGGUGUCUUGUGUAUUUUAUUUCUGGUUCUGGUGUCUUCACCCUGUGUAGUCUGUGAUUAGAACACGCACUGACAUCAGAUAGUAUAAUGACUCUCAGUAAUGUGGGAACAGAAUUUUUUUAAGCUCAGCUGGUGAGCCAUUACCCAUGUGAUAUGACAGCAGCUUCCUUUUGGUGAGUUUUUCCUUUUGUUGCCAGUCCCAUUCAAAAUUUCCUCCCAGUCUGUUCUCUCAACUUUUUAUUGAAUAAAGCUUAUUAACCACA